AGAAGGAGACAGAGGAAACGCAGACCUCAGACCAGCCCACCUCACCUCACUGUGCUCUCUCUCUCAGCCCGGUGCCCGUAGACAAAUCUGACCGCGGAUCAGCGCACUCGGGCUCCCUUCCACACUACGAGUUACACCAACUGGGACUCAGACCAGAGGAAAUCGUGUUCGUCGGCCGCCAAGACACAUCCACAGCAGACCACGGCGAGGAGCGGACGGUGUGAUAAGAAGGGGCUGAAACCAAGGGGGAAGGCUGGUAGGAACAACAGAGGGGGGUUUGAGGCAAGAACACAUUUAGCUGCGAGCGGAGAGAGGACUGGCUGGCCCCCGCUAUAAGGAGAAGUAAUACGCGUUGCUAAUUUCCAACAUUUUCUAUUAUUGGCAGCGAGUGUGCUUCCCCGAGCCACAUUUAUAAAGAGAGCUAGCGGAAUGUAAUGCUAGCGAGCUAGCUACUGUUAGCUAGCUAAUUAGCUUGUCAAGCAUCCAGGAGUCGGACGUGUGAUCUUUAUUCAAAUAGGUCACUGUUUGGCGUCGUUUUACUUUUUUUUUUUUUUUUAUUAUUGGAAAACUGUACUUAACGUGCUUUGUCCAGAGUCCUGGCAUGGUCAUGAUGUUCAGCCUCGAAUAGCUAACGACAAGUUAGACAAUAAACAGUGCUAGAAGCUGCCGAUAUUGAUGAAAAUCUGCUCUGAAUUAUCCGUCUGCGAUUCUUUGGGAAAAGCCUGAUCCAUUGUGAAAACCGAGCUGAGGACGAACCAAACGGAGAAGGCAAAGGUAAUAAGAAACAGACUUUUGACUGGUGACUGUCUGCCGUCCAAUGUUAAUGUCGACCGACGUUGCAUCUAUAAUGCUACCCGUUAGUCGGGGAAUAAUGGACCGGGAAAGAGACAUUGAUACAGCAGCCGGACCCCUGGCAAACGCGGCCGGGGGUCCAGCAGCUGUCCGGGGGAUGAAGCGAGGAGACCCGGAGCCCGACGCUCAGACAGCCGCUGCCCUGACUGACUUAGCCGGGGCGGAGUGCAAAAGACCCAGGAUAGACGGGACCGGGACUGUUGUUGGUGACAUUGGACAGGGCUCUCAGGAUUCUACAGGAGGACAGGAGGGUUUGGUGGCCCCACCCUUUUCAGCGUUCCCUCCUCCACCCCCUCCUCAAAACGGGCUACCAGGGACAGACUUCGUCCCUGGGGCAAUGUUUGGUGCUGGGGGCCAAGGUACAGCAGAGGUAGGGGCUGGUGCUAAUGGAGCCACCACAACUACCACCACCACCACCAACAACAUCGUAAAGACAGACGAGACGUCCCAGGGGGAGGCAGGUGUACAGUGCGGUUCAGGAGGUUCAGGAGGAGGAGGCUCAGUGGGAGACCCCACGGAGGCCAAAGGAACCCCUAAACGUCUCCACGUCUCAAACAUCCCCUUCCGCUUCCGGGACCCUGACCUCAGGCAGAUGUUUGGGCAAUUUGGAAAGAUUCUGGAUGUAGAGAUUAUUUUCAAUGAGAGGGGUUCAAAGGGUUUUGGCUUUGUGACAUUUGAGACCAGCGCCGAUGCGGAGAAAGCCAGGGAAAAGCUCCACGGCACAUUGGUGGAAGGUCGUAAGAUUGAGGUGAAUAACGCCACCGCCAGGGUGAUGACUAACAAGAAAAUGGUCAGCCCCUACCCUAACGGAGAGGCUCUCAGCACGCUGCCUUAUGCGGGGUGGAAAUUGAGUCCUAUGGUGGGGGCCAUGUAUGGACCGGAGCUCUACGCAGUCCCAGGGUUUCCCUACCCUUCUGCAGCAGCAGCCACCACAGCGGCAGCAGCAGCGUUCCGCGGCGCCCACCUCAGGGGCCGAGGCCGACCCGUCUACAGUGCGGUGAGGGCUGCGGUUCCUCAGCCUGCCAUCCCUGCCUAUCCUGGCGUGGUGUAUCAGGAUGGGUUUUACGGAGCCGCAGACUUGUAUGGAGGCUACCCUGCUGCUGCUGCUGCCGCCGCUGCCUAUCGCUACGCCCAGCCCGCAGCCGUAACCGGAGCAACCGCCGCAGCUGCCGCCUACAGUGACAGUUAUGGCCGGGUGUACACUACAGAUCCCUACCACGCUUUAACCCCAGCUGCUGCUGCUUACGGAGUGGGAGCCAUGGCCAGUUUAUACCGGGCGGGAUACAGUAGGUUUGCUCCUUACUAAAACCACAAAUCACACCCAAGGAAUUUCACAUCGCUCCAAAUCCCUUUUUCAAGUUCUUUGUCUGGCAGCAGCUCCCCUCCGUUUUUCUGCAGGCGGACUCAUGUGUUUUUUUUUUUUGUUUUUUUUUGUUUUUGUGGCAAGAGGUCAGUUGCCACAUCAUUAACCCGAACUCUGUUUCUGUUUCUGUACUCUUCUGUCCGUCGCUGACAUGGAAACAUUGACAAAACUGCCAUCAGUGUCUCCCACUACUUUGAACUACGGGGACACACAAUUUCGGACGGUUUUUAGAAACACUACACGGGACCUGGAAGGAGAGAGACUGCUGUUCCUGUGUGAUCCUGCACACUACAAACCCUUUUCUCCUUAAAAGUAUCUGAACUUACAGUAUAUCCACUGCCCUAUAAGACCUAAUCAGACCUGUACACACACACACACACACACACUUACAUGCAACACCAAGUACACGGUUCCCUCUACGUUUCUCCUGUAGUGUUGGCCUGCACAGAAUGAUGCCACAGCACAGCAUUACUAAAACAAAUAAAGGUACUUGCGUUUUUAAACACUACAUUACAGCAGACCCUCUGGUUUAGCAUUGUGUUAUAAUAAUAAAAAAAAUUAAUCAAACUUGGAUUACUCAGUACAGAAGAUGUAGGAAUUAUUCGUGUUAUUUUGUAAAGCUGGAACACCGAGCAUUCAGCCGGAGGCAGCUUGGGAGCAUCUGUCUGACAGAAACCACUGUCGUCCCAGUAACGACAAACUAUAAACACCACAGCAUGGGAAAAAGUUUCUUUUUGUUGUUGUUCAACUUCCCCCAAGUGUAAAAGGAAACACAAGAAAACAAAACUAAUGCUUAAAAAAAAAGUGUGAAAAUGACAAGGAAAAAAAAACCAAGUGACUUUGUUUUUUUUCUGCAUUACCUCAGUUUUUCUUUCAUCCAUUUGUUUUGCUGCCAUUGAUAAGAAGUUGCAUAGAAAUGUCAUUCUAUAUAAUGCAGACACGUGGAAACUGUCCAUUGAUUUCAGUGACAGCCAUUUAUUUGUCUUUAUUGUUGGUCUGCCCAUACUCCAUUUAUUACUGUAACUGCAACACUAAGUCGUGAUGUUCUCGCUCUGAACUACCCUGUGCAUAUGUCCAUUUUAAGAAUUCAGUGCACUUCCCCUCCGAGGCUCAUCCUUGAUCUACACUCGUAAUGCUUCUUCCAAAAAAGGACUCGCUACAUUUCUUUCUGUCUCCUAAACCGUCAGACAUUCCAGCCGUUGUAGCGAUGCAGUGAAUGUACGGGUCAGAUGGACAAAGAACCCAUCGAACACUAACGAACCAGAUUUAGAAAAAAGCUGAUUUGAAGCGGGAGCACCCACACGGGAGACUAAUCAUCUGCCAGUCAGCCAAACGGAAUCCCUCCUGGCCAAUUGAGAUAUUAAUGCCUGCAGGCUUCAGGCAGGGCUGCUCUGUGCUCGAGCUCUGUACGUGGAAAUGGUGUCUGAUCUCAACUCAGCGGAAGAGUAGAUCCCAACAGAACAGCCCAGAUUAGAAUACAGUGAAAGAGAGAGGUUGCAGUCACGUAAUGGAGUCUUGCAGUAAUGAGAAUUGAUCAGUUUUCUAUUUAUAUUCAUCAUUUUUAAUGUGACAGGACACCACAUACACUGUCCGCAGGCAUCGCUUUGUCGUUUUAAAUCCUUCAUCAUGCUCUCUGGGAUUGUUCAGUCCGAAUAGUUUUAAAGUUCUCCUUACCAGUCUGUCUGAAGGCAUCAUUAAAAGUCUGACAGCCAGACAAUUUAUAGACCAAGUCUCUGUCCUGUAUGUAUCACAUCUCCAUAUACUCUCACUAUGUUGUUAUUGCUAUUAUUUGCCUUUUUCGUUCCAAAGAUUUUCUGAAGAAAGCACAUUUUUGGUCCUGAUGUAUUUCUUAUUUUUGUGGUUGAUUUAUUAUUUUAUUUUUUUGU